AUGCCGAUGGUCCGUGAACACAUGCCGAACAACGACCUCAUCAGUACAGGCCUCAAAAUGAUGAUCGGACCUGCAACUAUCGAAGAAGCAACGCUCAUGCAUAUACUUCCUGGCAUGAUCAAGCAUCUUGUCCAAGCCCGUGAAGCACCUGUUAUGCUCGCCACAGCUCCACUGACAGUACGGGUACUGCCACCACAAGUCUUCGGCACCACAAAAUAUGAUCUCCUGUCGCCAACAGCGCUCGCACGUCUGCUGGUACUGCUUCUGGUGGGCUUCGAGAGCGUCGUGGUUGGCUUGCCACUGCUUACAGUAGAGGCAUUGCUGGGCCGACAGAUGUUGUUGGGGUCGUUGCCGUUUGCACCAGGGCCUGUGAAGAAUGCUGCCAGUGACAGUGGCGCGCUGCCUCUGGGAGCACUGACAGUCGUGGUCUCGCCAGUUGGAGAAGCGUCCAGCGUCACGAUGGCACCGGACUCUGGCUGGGUGUUUGUUGGCUUCGGCAUGUGCUUCGGCAUGUCUUCAGUGGGCACUGUCCGAGACAACUCGCGGUGGAACUUGGAAAGAGUGAGCAAAGCACUGGUGUCUCGCCUUUAA